UUGCUCACGGCGAUGAAUAGUAUUGUUGCUUGGUGUGCAUGUACUGCACCCGUGAGACAGAGGACUGGUUGACAAGAGGACAGUGGCGUACCCAGCCUUUGCUCGCAGUCACGCGCACUGAUUCGAUACAGGAGACAGAGACGGGGGAUCCAGGACAGACAAACGACAAGUUGCUCGUCGCCAAGCGUCCAAGGGGUGCGUGUGGGGGAUAUUGGCGGCUCGCCUCAAAGGUGGAUGAUAUGAUGACGAUGAUGGGAGAUCGCAAGGCGAUUGCGCCGCCCGCCUGCGUCAUGCCGAGAACGGCGAACACUGCAAGUGCUUCGUGGGAAGGCAGUGGUGUCGUAGUCCGGGCGUCAGCAACCGUCAAGGCGGGGAACCUCUUGCUUUUGUUGCUGCUUGCUGGGUGGACAAUUACUGCCACAGCUGCGAUCCAACCAUUCACGUUGGAGGUCAGAACGUGCAACGAGACCAACGCCGGAUCCCUCGACGAGGUGCACCUGUCCUUCUGCGAUGGGGGUGGAGACGACUGCGUCAUGGGGCCGGAGAACGUGUACAACUCCGUGGCGGAGCUGGCAGAGAUCGGGACAUGGACCCCCUUUGAGAUACCGCUCGCAUUCGAACCUACGGCCAUGUCAAUGAGCAUGGUCGGGAUUGACGCGUGGUGCUUCGACGAGGUCAUUUGGAACGGCGGGACAAACCUCCUCGGUAGCGGGGGCAGGGUCUACCUCGAUGGAGACUUGGGAAAGAAAGGCUGCAAUUACGGUGUACACUUUGACACUGGCUGGUUCUACCCCUGCCAAAGCAGCUGGCGGUUCUUCAACCUGCAGGGGUCAGACGAUUACGAGUACGAAAUCAAGGUAAAACCGUGCGGUAGCGCAACGUCUAGCGGGUCAUCAUCGCUGUUGGACGAGGAGGUCGCGGCGGCGGCGGCGACGGAGUCAUCGGCAUCAUCUAGAAUCCUGGCUUCGCUCUGCUCGGAGUCCGAGUGCGACGAAACCGUGGGAGAAGUCGUAAAUGUCACCCUGGCGGCGGAACCGUCACACCGGCACGGCGGCGGCGGAGGAGGAGGAACAUCCAGAGCGGGCAGCGGUGGUGACUGGGCUACCACGCGGACGCCAGCGACGUUCAACCCCGUGGCGAUGAGGCUCACCAACGUGGGAGAUUUUCCGUGGUGUGCCGAGGAGGUCGCGUUCAACGAAUACACGCUGGUCAACCGCUUUGCCUCCCCUCACGGGAUGAAGCUCGGUGUCGGCGACGAUCGACUCUUCUUCAACGUCCAGUCUCUAGGGCUUUUGGCGGGGGCAUCUAGCGAUGAUCCUGGCGGGAGCGACGACGGUACGUGCUCACUGCUUUGGAACCUAAGACGGUUGUUUCGGAUUGCUAAAUCGAGGAAAACGGCUUAAUACUUUUCGAGCUGCCGGAAAAAGCGCCGUCGGACUGAUUAUAUCAAAGGCGAGGCAUGGGAACUUGCUCGCGAGACCUUGUCUUCGCCGUGGUGUGGGCCACUCAAGAUAGAACCGGGUGAAUUGAACACGGUGCCGCAACACCUUCCCGCCCUCAUCACCCGGCUGUCGCGACGCGAGGAGCAAGCCAUCUUCUUCUCUACGCACUACCCUCCCGCUCGUUUCCGCGGGAAACUCGACUGAAAUCCAUUGCUCGUGUUAUCGCCGACUCUCAUCUGUGAUUAGAGAAGAAUCCAAUGGAUUUAUAUAUGUUCACGGCGUCGUGGGUACGAAAGCUUAAAGACCGCCGUCCGAUGAUGGAUGGGUUGAUCAACGUCAGGUCAUCACGGCGGUCCUCGUCUUCACGGCGACGGUAGCCGUCACGUCGGUCGUACGGAGGUGUACCCACCGUCCGUCCCCGAACGAAGCGAUUCAAGGCGGAAACGACGAUGAUGGCGAUGAUUACAGCGACGACGAUAACUGCUGCGUCGAGGAUGGCGCCGCUAGCGCGGCGCCUUUAGUUCGCACCGCGUGCAGCGCGGCACAGACUGGUGGCGGCGAUGAUGAAGAAAGGCGCACCGCCAGGAGGCAUCGACCCGAGAACACACGGGAAGGUCUACUCACCUCGUUGCAUGAUGAGCCAGGAGCCGUGCGUGGCGAUGGCCUCGAGAGCAACAGCAGCGGUCGUCUAAAAGAUAGUGCAGCGGUGGGCGUGUCAACCGAGACGGAUCGGAACCAGUGCGGCGGCCAUGACGAGUGGGCGCUAUUUUGCUACCAGCAGCGUCAACCACGAAGAGUACUUCUGCCGGACCGUGAGAGAACAAAUCGGAACGAUAGGACGAGGAUGUUCGCUUCACCAAGGGCAGUGUCGGCAGAAACGACCGUGGAUGUGGACGAGUACCACUUCCAUACAAAGAAACCACCACCUGUCUGACUAGCAGAUAUUCUAGGGUAUUUGUAGGACCUGGUUUCUUUUCUUCGAAGCGCUGCCUUUCGGGAAGAUGAGCUUUGAGCCUGGUCCCUCCAACAAACAGAAAAAUACGACUCUUCGGGGGUAAUGAAGUUCCGCAUAUUUUCGCCACCCUUCAGACCCCUCUUGCCAGGUGCGACUGAUUCUACUGAAUAGUGAUGGACGGAUAACUGAGUGGUUAAAGAGAUUGGCUCAUUUUGCGCUGACACGAUAGGAGCCAUGGCUGCGUUGAGAGAGGGGUUCGAUCUGGGCUAUCCCCCCUUCCCCUUGUACUUUUUCGACCUUGAAUUUUGGAGGAUUUCAUCGCGAGGUGUUGUUGUACCUCGUAUUAAAUAGUUUUUGUCCGCCAUGUCGUGGGCAUCAAGGGGGCAUUAUUUUAAGGAAACGUAGGGAGCGCCAGCAUAGGCUAUGGAGGGGUCAAUCGAAAAGAGAUCGUUGGGCAAUACCACCUCUGUUCCCAUCCUACCAUGGCUCGGCCCCUCCCUGCUAUCUCUUUCAUUACUACAGCAAUACAGAAGGCCUC